AUAUAUUCUAGACUGGAGGUAUCAAAACCCCUUCACUCUUGCAUGCACACAAAUACUGUUGCUCCCCAUCGUUGCCCUUCCGUCUUCUCAUGGAUCAGCCACUAAGUCUAGGGUUCAUUGGCCUCGGGGCUAUGGGUUUGCCCAUGGCCUCCAAUCUCGUCGCAAAGGUCGCGAAGGGUUCUAAAAUAUAUGUCUACGAUAUAUCAGAGAGCUCCAUGAAGAAGCUCGUCGAUCAGUCAGAGGAUGUAGUGACAGGGUGCAAAUCUCCAAGAGAGGUUUCACAGAAGGCUGACAUAGUCUUCACAAUGCUCCCAGAGGGUAGUCAUGUGAGAACCGUGUAUUUGGAUCCAGACACUGGAAUACUUGGCCCCGAACUGAGGUCCCGUCUUCUCAUCGAUUGCUCAACUAUCGACACGGAGACAUCGCAACUGGUAUCGACCACUAUCAGAUCCCAGUUUUCGACAGCGCUUUUCUGUGAUGCACCUGUAUCUGGUGGCACUAUCGGCGCUGAAGCCGCUACAUUGACGCUGAUGGUUGGCUGCUCCGAGAGUGAUUCCAACUGGCCAGAGAUUCGCGAACUACUGAGCCUAAUGGGCAAGAAUAUUAUUGCAUGUGGUGGUCCAGGCUUGGGUCUUACGGCAAAGCUGUGCAACAACUACUGCUCAGCGCUCAUUUCACUCGCCACAUCCGAAGCGAUGAAUAUUGGGAUGAGAGCCGGCAUGGAUCCACGACUCCUCGCACGAGUGUUCUCUAACAGUACCGCGCAAAGCACGAUCUGCGACAAGUGGAAUCCCGUGCCUGGUAUCUGUCCAAAUGCCCCGGCAAGUCACGGAUACCAGGGCGGUUUCAAGAUUCAGCUGAUGGCAAAGGACUUUGGCUUAGCUGUCUCUACGGCAGAGAAGGUUGGCGCCAAGUUGAUUCUCGGUGUUGUUGGCCUCAGAGCCUACAAGGAGGCGAGUCAAGAUCCUAAAUGUCGCGAUCUCGACUCUCGCGUACUUUACAGAUACAUUGGAGGCAGCGAGGACUGGGAGGUUGAUUAAGCCAGAUUAAGCUUAGAGCACCUUGUAGCAGCUUUGUCGAAAUUCACAUAUCACACCC